UUAGAGGCGACUGCGGUGAGAAGAGACUCCAACUGUGGGUUAAUUCUAGUAUUUCCUCGUUUUCUGGGUCAAUUCAGUCAGUUAGGAACCAGAGAAAACGCCUGUAACUCCAUUUUACUCAACUGUCCCGUCAUUACACCUGCUGAUCCAGACAGAAAUAUGAAUUUCUUGCACAAUCUAUCUUAAAAAAUGUUCAGAAAAUGUUUAACUUUUACAUUGUCAUCGGCAAAAAUGGCUGAAAUGACAGUGGACGAGGCUUUAAAUAGGCUCAAACAUAUAAAAUAUCUUGUUGACGCCAUAUUUAAUGAUAAAAACUCUUUAAAAAAAACAUCCGUCCUUAAUUAACUAAAUAUCUGAGAACAGCCACCGAAACACGUCAGACCUCCUGCAGCAAAACGAAGUCGAUUGUUCAUCUGGAGGAGUAUAUUUAGAUUGAAUGGAGGGAUGUUUUCUCUGGAUUUGAGCUCUUUAUAAGUUCACUUGUCAUUAUUUACAAAACAACAAUACUUUUUUUUCUGCAGGAAAAACUGUAAGAAUAAGGUAUUUUUUUCCCACUUUUUCCUCACAAAGUUGCUCAAAUAUGAGACUGACAAUGAAAAUGAGCUUAUGACAACCAGUGGAGACGUGUUUUAUGAUGCGACCUGAAGAGAUUUGUGUUUGUUUGCUGUUGCAGAAGAUGCAGAUGUCCCACCGGUCCGUGCAGUGGCUCACCGUCCUGCUUUGUGUCGUCUUCACAACCAUCCGGUGUCAACAGAGCGAGAGCCGUCGAGCUGUAACUGAACACCAGCUGAUGCACGACCGCAGCAAAAACAUCCAGAGUCUGAAGAGACUCAUCUGGCUGUCCAGCGCCAUCGAGGGGCUCCACACGGCCCAGACCCGCUCCGCUGCUUUCGACCCCACAAAGGUUCUGGAUCUGGCUCUCAAUCCGGCGCUGGUCCCUGCUGCCAGGAGCCUCCAGCCCGGCCGGGUGCAGAGCGUCCUCAGAGACUUCUUUAACCCGUACAUGACUCAGCUGCCUGACAGAGAGUCCUAACAUGAAGCCGCUGCACAUACACACACAUUAAAAAUGAUCAUUUAACUGUGUCCGUCGUUUGAACAAUGAGACAAAUGAAGCACAAAAUCACCUGUAGUGUCGAGACAUUCAGCCGGGGGGGGGAAAGAAAAAAACCUCACUCACCAGAAUAAAUGUUGCUAAUGAACGUUUCUACUUUACAUUUCUUUAGGAUCAGUUCCCAGCGCCGCUCUUACGAUCUGAUCAGGGUUUAGGUACAAAAACCACUGGGUUAGGGUUAGAAAGGGACCAUGUUCUAGUCCAAAACAUGUUCUGGUCGCGACAAACGUGGCCGGAGAUGUUCCCAGUUCACCUUAAAGAGACGCCAUGUAGUUUUGGAGAAGUCAGUCAAACUCAUGACUGAAAUAUCAAACUGCUCUCAGAGGAUAAAAAAGACCCCAGGACACUGUUUGAAGAUAGAAAGGUGGCAGGGUCCGCCACUUAUAAACAAAUUAAAAAACAGUAUGAACUUUUCCUUUAACGUCAGUGUGUGUUUAUUCAGCUUAUUCACUCAUGACAACAACAAGAGUUUGUUUGUUCUUCUCCAAAACUGCACAGUGCAGCUUUAAAUAUCAGUUUUAAAACAUGAAUAUUUAGACGCCGUGGUCCCUUGUUGAAAAUCUCCAGUGGUUUGAAACGUACUCGUCCUGUCGGUCUGGUUUAAAGCCUUUGACGUGCAACAAAUGUUAACGUAUCAGUGGUUUGCAGUGAUGUUAAGUGACAGCAUUUUAUUUUGGCGUCUGGGCUGAAUGCAUUUAUGGUACCAAAGUAAGAUCUGAGUUUGAGCUACCUGAAUGUUUAUCAGUGAGCAGCUUUUAUUUAUUUAUCUUUUUUUUUUUUUGUCAUAAUCUAUGAUCUACAUUCUACA